AUCCUGCCCAAUUGUUUCAUUCUAAUCAAUCUUUAUUCCCCCACUCCAGCACCACUAUAUUCAUUUUAAUAAAUAGCAUAUCAGAACAGUUCACGGUACUAUAACUGUGGUAAACAAAAAAGGAAAAGUCUCUGUUUCUCAAAGAGUACCUCGACUUUUCGGUCGCGACGAGGGUAAAUGAGCACACAAACAGGGGAUGAGAUAUGAAUCGUUGCUCCAAUUGGGUACUUACUACGUCAAUCAGAGGAUAGGGGCGGAAGUACGGCUCCUGCAAACGGAUUGAACAGUGGCUAAACGGAUUGGAAGUAAAACUGGAGUCAGCAACUCAGGGAUUAGGAGCUUUGCCAAUAGUGGUGUGGGUUGGGGUUCUGUACUGUGCGCUAUUGUUUUCCGUACUGCAUUGAUUUCUACUUGGAGCAUAGGCUGUGCUAAAAAGAUAAACCGAACCAAUUGCAAAAAUGCUAUCCUUCCGUGAGCGUUUUGAAAAGUUCCUGGAAGAGAAGAACUUCUUCACCAAUAUUCUAGAGAAGAUUGAGAGGAAGACAGGUGUGCGUAAAUACUAUCUGGCCACAGGUUCAGUAUCCUUCCUUGGCCUAUAUCUCCUGUUUGGAUAUGGAGCAUCUCUGUUAUGUAAUUUGAUUGGUUUUGUGUAUCCAGCUUAUUUUUCAAUCAAAGCUAUUGAAAGUACAAAUAAAGAGGAUGACACAAAGUGGUUGACAUAUUGGGUUGUAUAUGGGAUAUUCAGUGUCGCCGAAUUCUUCUCAGACAUCUUCCUCUAUUGGUUUCCCUUUUAUUAUGCAGGCAAGUGUCUUUUCCUGUUGUGGUGUAUGGCACCGGUCGUAUGGAACGGUUCUCAGAUCAUCUACAAUCGAAUUGUCCGCCCUCUGUUCCUCAGGCAUCAUGCCAAAGUGGAUAGUGUGGUUAAUGACCUCAGUGACAAGGCUCUAAAUGCAGCAGAAUGCAUGACGAGGGAAGCAGUGAAGCUACAUUUGGAAAAAAGCAAAGAUAACUGAGGACUACGUUAUGAACUGACCACCUGUGAGAUGCAGCUAUUCCCACAAGAGGAGAAAUGCUAUAAUUCUGGCAUGAAAGCAACAAUCAGUGUCUGAAAGGGAAAGGUUAUGGUUAAUUUUCCAGAUGUGAUUUCUUAUUGGAAUCUAAACCAACCUACCUUUUCAGAAGCUGACGCUCUUGUUUUCAAGUAUUUUACUUUUCAAAUCCAAUGACUCUUCUGUUCAUUGUACAAUUGUCUUGCAGCAAAACAUUUAUUCUGUAAAAUCUUUUUGAAGGAACAGAGCAGAAUGGUCCUUCCUCUACCUCACCUGCGGUCUGAACUGGGUCUGCAUUUGGCAAUUUACAAUAUAAUCUACAGACUUCAUCUUCAUAAAAUGCAAUAAAUAGGAUCAAAAAGCUGAUUUGUUUAACCCCAAAGAUAUAGUAAAUUUUUGCCCAAUGUUAACAUUCCACAAGUUCAAUCUCAGUACCAACUCAGUAAAAGAACUUGUUUCUGAUUAUCAUUGGUUUUGUUAUAAUUCCAUUUCAAGUGGUACCCUGAUAAAUGUAGAGUUAUACCUAGGAAUAACACUAUUUUACUAGUGCUAGAUAAUGGAGAUUUUUUUAAAUUGGGCAGGUAAUGAAAAGGAUGAAAUGUUUUGGUGUCAAUUUGGUUAACUUUCUUGUAGAUUUGUUGAAAGUGAUUUAAUCAUCUUGUUGUCCACCUAAUAAAUUAAAUCAAAAUAUUGAAUGCAAUUUCAUGUCUUAUGUACAUGUCAAGUCAUUGGAUGGCUAACAGUGAAUCAAUUUGUGUGUAAUUACUCCAUUAAUUGAAGAAUUCUCAGAUGUUCUGCAGCUAAUUUGCACAUGAUCACAUUUAUUAAUGCUGAUAAGUUAAAACUGUCAUAUCCUUUGUUAUGAAUCACAUCUACCUAAAUGAUUCCUACUUUUAAAAUUUGUCAAUAGAUCUGAAAAUGGAUUUUUCAGGGAAAAAUGUUCAUGAUGGGAUUUUAUACACUGGAUGGUUAUGGUCUUUGUACAUUUAUUCUGGUCUUUUAUUGGCCUUUAGGUUUGUGUGAGUGGCUGAUGAACAUUCUUGUUUCCCUCCAUGCUGAAUGUGAAACUGCAUUGAGCCAACUUUCUAUCACAUACUUGAGACUAUGCAAUUCUGUCUCCAUUAUUGUUAAAACCUUAUUUCACAAGGGGAGAUUUUGUUUGGUACUGGUACGAGGGUGGAUGAGGUUGGUGAAGGAGGCCAUCUGUUAGGAGCAGCUCGAAGUUCAGUUACCCAAAAUGUCCUAGCUGAAAGAAACUAACUCUACAAUAAUAUGAUUUAGAAAGGGAGUGUCAGUAUCCGAACAACAAUUCCUCCAUGGUGUUUUACAUAGUGUGAGGUGUAAGGAAUUAAGUAUUUUCAUUUAAUGUAUAAAAUAAACUAAUCAUUUAAUCCAAGGAAAGUUGGAGACUGAACUAUGGUGAGUGGGAAUCUCAGACGGAUAUUUUGCUUAACUUGCAGAUAAUCUGAGACUGAGCUUUUGAGAACUGUUAUUGGGAAAUGUAGAUUUUUUUUUGUUGUUCCCACCAGUUUUCCACUGGGAUGAGAAAUGGAUGCAAAUUAAAUACUAUGACUGCAAGGUGUGUGUACAGGGAAGAGUACCAUUACACUACAUGAUAUCACUGGAACCUGUAACUUGUUUAAAAAAAAUAUUUGGGUCAGGGAUUUCUCCUGUCACGCUAGGUACAUGGAUAUAUAUUUAGGAGAAAAUAAAGCAUUUUUGAUACAGAUGGGGGAAGGGAGAGUUGUUUGACACAACUUUGCAUUUUAGGGCAGUCAAACUUUUAAGUUCCAAGUAUUGAAUCGAUAAAGAAAAAUGUGGGCCUCAAGUAGCAAAAUGUACAAACAUUAAAUUUAAAGUGCAAUUUAUUUCAGUGCUUUCCACCUGCUGCUAACUAUUAUAGAAUCCAAAGAAAUCUGGAGACCCUGAUUUCUGAUGGAGCUUGAAGGCAAUGCUGUGUUGCUCUAUCGAUUAACAGGGUAGAGAUGUUUUAAUAAUUUGUGUUUACUGGAAUAAUGACUGUUAGAUGCACUAUUUGUUAAAGUAAGUUCAAUAAAAAUUGAAGUAUUACAUCUGU